UGAUUAUAUAAUUUAGGUAGAUUAUAAUUUCAAACAAACCCUCCUAAAACUAGCCUUAAAAGUAGUUAUAUCUAGUAAGUACCUUAGAGCAUAUCCAAGAGACUUUUCAUUUUUUGAUCUCUAUUUGGCUAUCUAUUUACGUUUUCAUAAAGAUUACACUCUAUAUCUGCAUCUCAGUCCAACAGAUUAUCUAUCUAGCUUGGCUAGUCAGGUGGCUAGCCAAAUUUAGCUAGUGAGAGAGCUAAUUUAGAUAGCCAGAUAGCUUGCGAGUUAGAUAGCUAGUCUGUUGGAGAUUUAUUUGCUAUUGAGUAGCUAAAAUUUAGUUUGGUGAGUUAUUUAGCUAGUCUUUUAGAGAUGCUCUUAUGUGUAAGAAAAUAAAGCGUAUUCAUUUUUCUAACCCUCGCACGACCACCGACAUAUAUCCCUGCUGUACUUCAUAUUUUCACCUAUAAGUCUAUAACACAAUGCAACCUAAUGUUUUGAUUUGAAUGUAAUGUGGAAAUCUUUAUGGCUCUUCCAUGCUACCAUGAUGAAAAAAUCGUACAGAGUAUACAUGUUCUCUAAGCUAGAUUUGAUGUACCAAACAGGCCAUCUCCGGGACGGUGGUUAUGGCUUGUGGGCUCUCUUUUCUUUUGUUUCCCACGCAGGGGGGUAGGCGUAGGCUUCAGUUGCACGUUUUCAGUCACCUGAUACUUUCAAUCCGUCAGCAAGCUGGGGACGUGCCAUCAGCCAUGCAAUCAAACUUGUACAGUGUACUUUAUAUUGUACAUGCACAUGUUCGUGCGUACAACCAGCUAUUUGUUCAGCGCUGAAGGAGCGUCCCAUUGCAAGGACGUGACGAAGAACGUAGCCUGGUGGUAGAACGUCGUUUGCCAUGGCCGCUGACGAGCUCUCACCGUACAUCCUCCUGCUUCCUCUACUCGCGCUGCCACUCGUCGUCGCGCUACUGGCCCGCCGCCGCGCGCUUGGGAGGGACGACGCCAGGCUACCUCCGGGACCAUGGGCGAUGCCGGUCAUCGGCCACCUGCACCACGUCGCCGGGGACGCGCCCCCGCACCGCGCCCUGCGUGACCUCUCGCGGACCUACGGCCCCCUCAUGGCGCUCCGCCUGCGGACCGUCCCCGUGGUGGUGGCCUCGUCCCCGGCCGCCGCGCGCGAGGUCACCGGCACCCACGACGCCGCCUUCGCGUCGCGCCCCGCCGCGCCGGCGCUGCGGCUCCUGACCGGCGGCGCGGAGGGCGUCACCUUCGCGCCGUACGGCGACGCGUGGCGGCGGAUGCGCAGGGCCUGCGCCGCCGGGCUCUUCAGCGCGCCCCGCGUCCGCUCCUUCCGCGCCGUGCGCGAGGACGAGCUCGGCCGCCUCCUCCGCGCCGUCGCCGCGGCCGCGUCCGCGCCUGCGCCUGCGCCGGUGAACCUGACCCGGCGCAUGUCGCGGUUCGCCUUCGACUCCUCGGCGCGCGCCGUCGCCGGCAGCCGGAGCGAGCACCGUGACGAGGUCCUGCGGGCGCUGCAGGACGCGCUCAAGACCCUCCCCAAGCUGAGCCUGCUGGACUUCUUCCCGUCGUCACGCCUCGCCGCUCUCGCCAGCCACGUGCCCCGCGUGGUCGCGCGCCGCCGCGCCGCUAUGCGGCCCAUCGGUCCGGGUCUGGACGCCGUCGUGGACUCCAUCGUCCUGGAGCACCUGGAGAGGAGAGACAGCGAUGUCGACGACGACGAGGACUUGCUUGAUUUGCUGUUGAGGAUGCAGAAGGACGUGGACUCCCAGUACCCUUUCACCACCCUCAACAUCAAAUCCGUCAUCAUGGACUUGUUUGUUGCCGGUGGCGAGACGUCGGCGACGGCCAUGCAGUGGGCAAUGACGGAGCUGAUACGGAACCCUCGGGCGAUGCGGAAGGCGCAGGCCGAGGUCCGGUCGGCGCUCGCGGGGCAGAGCACGGUGACGGAGGCCGGCCUCACCGACCUACACUACCUGCGGCUAGUCAUCAAGGAGACGCUCCGGCUGCACCCGCCGGCGCCGGUGCUGCUCCGGGAGUGCCUUAGCGCACGCGAGGUGCUCGGCUACCACGUCCCGCGGGGCGCCAUGGUGCUGGUGAACGCGUGGGCGAUCGGCAGGGACCCGGCGCACUGGGACGCGCCGGAGGAGUUCGCGCCGGAGAGGUUCCAGGAGCUUGACGGCGCGAGGGACGACUUCAGGGGGGCGGCGGACUUCGAGUACGUCCCGUUCGGCGCCGGGAGGAGGAUGUGCCCUGGCGCGGCCUUGGGCCUAGCGCAUGUGGAGCUCGCGCUCGCUGCUCUGCUGUUCCAUUUCGACUGGGAGAUGCCGGAGGGGAUGGUUGCUGAGGAGAUGGACGUGACGGAGGCGGCUGGGAUCACCAUGCCCCCACGCUCUGAGCUGCUGCUGGUCGCUAUCCCUAGGGUGCCGGUGCCUGUGCCUGUUGAUUGAACAAAUAACGCCACUUGUAGUUGGGUAGUCGUGUACACCAUCUGAACUUGUAAUAACAAGCAAAAAAAAAUUGUGUGUGAGUACAGCUAUUGCUCAAUAGAGGCUUUGAAGUUCAGAUGUA